GUUCUCAACAAGUGUGUUCUUGAUUAUGUAUAAGGAUUUUCCACUUGAGGGUCACAUUCCAGUCAAUGAAAAAUGGGAAUGCAAUCACUCUUUAACAGAAGUUGUUAUUUAGGGGACCAAGAUAUGUUCUACCAUGUCAAAGAGCACUGCAUGACCAAACCUGAUUUGAUCUUCAGGCUGGAGCAUGGAUUUGAGCCACGGAGCAUAGACAAAGCAUCACUCUGGAGCCUGCCAGGUGCCCCUACUACUAAGAGAUGCCUGGAAAAUCAACAGAGACAUGUGUGGCAUGUGGGAAGCAUCAACAGUAACCCAUCAAGUGAAGUAAUAUCUGAAGUCACAACUUAUUGAACAUCAAAGAAUUCGUACAGGUGAGAAGCCUUAUGAUGUGAAGAAUGUGGUAAAGCUUUCUGCCACAAGUCAGCCCUCAAUAGGCAUCAGAGAAUUAAUACAGUUGAGAAGCCUUAUGAAUGUGCCACAUGUGAUAAAGCUUUCUACUGCAAGUCAACCUUCAAUAAACAUCAAAGAACUCAUAAACGUGAGAAGCUCUGUGAAUGUGAAAAAUGUGACAAAAGUUUCUUUUUCAAGUCACACUUAGCCUGUUAUCAAAGAAUUCAUACAGGUGAGAAGCCUUAUGAAUGUAAAGAAUGUGAUAAAGCGUUUUGUUGGAAGUCAGCUCCCAAUAAACAUCAGAAAAUUCAUAGGGGUGAGAAACCAUAUGAAUGUAAAGAAUGUGGUAAUUCUCUUUCCUACAAAUCGGCCCUCACUGACCAUCAAAGAACUCAUACAGGUGAGAAGCCUUAUGAAUAUCAAGAAUGCACAAAAGUGUUCUCCUCCAUGUCAACCCUCAAUACACAUUGUAGAACUCACACAGGGGAGAAGCCCUAUGAAUGUGAAAAAUGUGGGAAAGCUUUCCCUACCAAGUCCUGGUUAGACUGCCAUCAUAAAACUCAUAUGGGUGAGAAGCCCUAUGAAUGUCAAGAAUGCAAGAAAGCUUUCUCUUCCAUGAACAAUCUUAGUAAACAUCAUAAAACUCAUACAGGUGAAAAGCCUUUUGACUGUCAAGAAAGCUUUCUCCUUCAAGCCAACUCUAAAUAUACAUCAUGGAACUCACACAGGGGAGAAGCCCUAUGAAUGGUAAAAAUGUGGUCAAGCUCUCCUUUCCAAGACAUGGUUAGUCUGCCAUCAUAGAACUCAUAUAGGUGAAAAGCCUUUAGAAUGUCAAGAAAGCUUUCUACUCCAAGUAAGCUCUCAAUAAACAUCAUAGAACAUAUACAGGGGAGAAGCCCUUUUAAUGUAAGGAAUGUGGUAUAACUUCCUCCUACUUCCUUAUUCUCAGUAGUCAUCAUAAAACUCACACAGUUGGGAAGUGCUGUGAAUGUGAAUACAAGAAAGCUUUCUCCUCCAAGUCAAUCUAGAUGCACAUAAUAGAACUCAUACAGAGGAGAAGCCCCAUGAAUGUAAAGACUGAAGAAAAAAUUUCUUCUGCAAGGCAUACAUAGCUCCACAUCACAGAGCUCAACCAAGAACCCUAUUAAUGAGACUUUAAGAAAACUUUUUUUCCCUCCAAGUCACAGCUCUCAAGAUGUGGGAAAUCAUGUACAUAUAAAUCACUUUUUCCUAUCUCUCACAACUCAGUCAACAUCAGAAAUGUCAUAUAAUUGAAAAGCUAUGAAU